CUGGGCGGCGGGCUGCGCAACGCGGCUCGGAGCGAGGAGGCCUAGACUGGGCGAGCGCCGAAGGAAGUGGUAUAUUGCAUAAGGUCGUGUAUUGGCCAGACGGAACCAUGAAAUUUUGAAUUUUCAAGAUGAAUGAGAUCUUAGAGAUGAUCCAGUAUAGCCCAACACCCUCAUUUUGCAGAAAAGGAAACUGAAGUCCAAAGAGGUUGAAUUACCUAGUCAAACACCUGGUUUCUGGCAGCACCAGGACGAGAAGCCAGGUCUCCAAACUCCCAGCCAGAUUAAAAUGCCUGUCUUCAUUCUUUUCCAGUAGAUCAUUUGAGAGAAAUGAUGAACAUCAAGGCUUUCAGACUGGUCUCCGCCAUCGAGCGGGAGCUCCUGAUGGGCGACAAAGAUCACAUCAGUAUUGAAUGCAUUGAGUGCUGUGGAAAGAACCUUUAUGUUGGUACCAAUGAAUGUUUCAUCCACCACUUCCUAUUGGAGGAAAAUAUGUCACCAAAUGGAAAGGUCACUUUCUCUGCCACAAAGCAGCGGCACAAAUAUCUGGGUUUCAAGAAGCCAGUGAAUGAAUUGAAAGCAGCAUCAGCCCUCAAUAGGCUCCUGGUGCUUUGUGACAAUACCAUUGCUUUGGUUAACAUGAUGAAUCUCGAACCCAUCCCUUCAGGUGCUCGAAUAAAAGGGGCAGUGACUUUUGCUUUAAAUGAGAACCCUGUGAGUGGGGACCCCUUUUGUGUAGAGGUUUGCAUCAUUUCAGUCAAACGUAGGACCAUUCAGAUGUUUAUGGUCUAUGAAGACCGAGUCCAAAUUGUAAAGGAAGUGUCAACCCCAGAGCAACCAUUUGCUGUGGCUGUGGAUGGCCACUUUUUAUGCUUGGCACUCACUACACAGUACAUCAUAUUGAAUUAUAACACAGGGGCCUCCCAGGAUCUGUUUCCAUAUUGCAGUGAAGAGAGACAGCCAAUCGUGAAGAGGAUAGGGAGGCAAGAAUUUCUACUGGCUGGGCCUGGAGGACUAGGCAUGUUUGCCACAGUAGAUGGGAUAUCCCAGCGUGCACCUGUGCAUUGGUCAGAGAAUGUGAUUGGUGCAGCCAUUUGCUUUCCAUACGUAAUAGCUCUAGAUGAUGAAUUCAUUACAGUGCAUAGCAUGUUGGAUCAACAACAAAAACAGACUCUGCCUUUUAAGGAAGGUCAUAUUUUACAGGACUUUGAAGGAAGAGUGAUUGUAGCUACCAGUAAAGGAGUAUAUAUCUUGGUUCCAUUACCCCUUGAAAGACAGAUUCAGGAUCUCCUUGCAAGUCGAAGAGUGGAAGAAGCUUUAGUUUUAGCAAAAGGAGCACGAAGGAACAUUCCAAAAGAAAAAUUUCAGGUAAUGUACAGAAGAAUCCUGCAGCAGGCGGGGUUUAUACAGUUUGCACAGCUUCAGUUCCUAGAAGCUAAAGAACUUUUCAGAAGCGGCCAGCUUGAUGUCCGGGAGCUGAUAUCUCUGUAUCCCUUCCUGUUGCCUACUACUUCUUCAUUCACACGGUCUCACCCCCCUCUGCAUGAGUAUGCAGACCUGAACCAGCUGACUCAAGGGGACCAGGAGAAGAUGACCAAGUGCAAAAGAUUCCUCAUGAGCUACUUAAAGGAGGUCCGUAGCACAGAAGUGGCAAAUGGCUACAAAGAAGAUAUUGACACUGCUUUGCUCAAGUUGUAUGCAGAAGCAGAUCACGAAAGCUUGCUGGACCUUUUGGUCACAGAGAACUCCUGCCUUUUAACAGAUAGUGUGGCGUGGCUUGAGAAACACAAAAAAUACUUUGCACUUGGACUUCUUUAUCAUUAUAAUGGCCAGGAUGCUGCUGCAGUGCAGUUAUGGGUGAACAUUGUGAAUGGAGAAAUCCAUGACUCUACUCGUUCAGACCUUUAUGAAUAUAUUGUUGAUUUCCUAACCUACUGCUUAGACCAAGAACUAGUGUGGAAAUAUGCUGAGUGGGUAUUGCAGAAAAGUGAGGAGGUUGGAGUUCAGAUUUUUACCAGAAGACCUUUGGAAGAGCACCAGAAAGAUAUCUUCAACCCAGAUGACAUCAUCAACUGCCUUAAAAAAUACCCUAAGUCUAUUAUUAAAUACCUGGAACAUCUAGUUGUGGAUAGGAGAGUACAAAAGGAAGAGUAUCACACCCACUUAGCCAUCCUCUAUCUAGAGAAAGUGCUUCAACAGAAGCCCAGUGCAAAUGGUAACUGUGCGGAAGUGACUGAAACUCAGGCAAAGCUACGGAAUCUGCUUCAAAAAUCUGAUCUGUACCGAGUCCACUGCCUGAUAGAUAAAAUCCAGGGGACCAGCCUUCACAUGGAAAGUGCAAUAUUACAUGGAAAGCUGGAGGAGCAUGACAGGGCCCUGCACAUCCUGGUACACGAGCUAAAGGACUUUUCUGCGGCUAAGGAUUACUGCCUGUGGAGUUCUCAGAGUAAAGACCCUCCAUAUCGGCAGCGGCUCUUCCACAUGCUGCUCUCUGUUUACCUAAAGCCAGGACCCUCUGACUGUGACCUGGUUCCGGCUGCCGUGGACCUCUUGAACCACCACGCCACUGAGUUCGACGCAGCUCAGGUUCUACAGCUGGUGCCUGACACCUGGUCAGUUCAACUUUUGGCGCCUUUCCUUACCAGGGCCGUGAGGGAAAGCCUUCACACCAAGAGGGUGACUCAAGCUGCAUUGGGUUUGGCCAAAGCAGAAAACUUACUCUACAAACAUGAUAAGAUAAAAUUAAAAGGAAGCCCAGUUCGGCUAUCAGACAAAAAGCUUUGCCAGAUGUGCCAAAGUCCCUUUUGUGAGCCUGUGUUUGUUAGGUAUCCGAAUGGUGGUGUUGUCCACACUCAUUGUGCUGCAAAUAGACACAUGAACCCUAACUCAUCUAGCCCUGGCAAUCGGACUUGAAAAAGGCACAUUUGCACUUGCAAACACUAAUUCCUUUACAAAAUGUGCUGGAUAAAAAGAUCAGAGUACAGCUGCUCUUGACAUCAAGAUGAAAGGAUCAUACCCUGGGUGCUGGGAAGGUGUCAGUCGAUGUGAAACAUGAACAUUUAAUUGCUAAUCUUUUUUAUGAAUGUAAAUGAAAAAUACCUUAUCAUAAAUAGAGACAUUCAAGAGUGAACUUCUCCUUGUACAUAGUAAUCAAAAACAAACGUCUACUUUCUUGUGAAAGAAAAAUGAGCCUUUCCUUUGUCAUCAAGGCAAAUCAUGGGGGAAGUCAGGACUGACAAAUUCCUUUCUUUCUUUCAAGGAACAUAAAUUUGCACUGAAAAUAUUUUGCUAUAAUGUGACAUGGUGAUGAGGAUGUCUUUUUUUUUUUCUUUCAUAAAUCCAAGGAAGUGGUCAGUGUUUAGAGAUCUUGUUAAAUAGAGGGGCUCACAUUGUGCCACUGUCUUUCAAGAUCCUGCAUUAAUCACGGUCAAUACAGCACAUCCAUGUUUGGGGUCUACAUCCAUUUUUUUCAGGAAUAGAUCAUGAACUAUACUUUUGCUUUGAAAUUGCUGGCUUUGGGGAGCCACCUCUGUGUUGUUACUGUCCUCUGUUUCCCAGCCCAUUAUUUUGGUUGGCCAGAUUUCCACUAAGCGCUAGCCCUUCGGUUAUUUAUUUGUUUUUUUGCUCAGUGGAAUGUGAUCAUAUCCAUUGGAAAUGGAUAGUCUCUCAUGGCUUAAAAAAACAAAAAAAAAA